AUGCGUUUCCGAAUGCUUCCCCGUUCCCUAAAAAGACAUGUAAGAGAAGCUCUUCAUUUGCCGAAAAGAAGAACUUCUUUUAAUCUAGAAGAUUACUUUCCCUCUACGGAAGAUACAAUUGCAUCUACUGCACCAACUACAUCCACUUUUUCUACCGAUACUGCUAUGACUAUUACUUCUAUUUUUAAUCUUGAAAGAGAUAUCCAUCAAUCACAGUUGAACAAUAAAGCUGAAUCAACUGUAGACACUUGUAAUUCAGGAUGUUCGAAUUGUAGACUUAAUCAUAUCGAACGUCUGGUUCCCGCUGAUCAUUCAUUCAAAGACGACAAAUGUGAUAAACCAAAUCAUUCGCUGGGGGUAGGUCUUGAUGCAUAUCCCCUUCCGGAAAACGUUCCUCGUUACGAAUUUGAUUUCAAUCAUGUCUUCGACAGGUGCCUAAAAGAAAUCCAGGACGUCAUGAAACACUUCAAUGAUUCUUCACAUGAGGUGUCUUCUGAGCCAGGUGCUACUGAAAUUUUGAAUAGAGUUGCUAUUCCUUAUGGUAGAUACCAUAUUGAUGGGAGACUUCAACGGAAAGAAAGAGAUACAAUUUUAGUGUCAGAUUCAGAUUCAAAGUUCAGAGCCGAAGCAACUAAUCCAAGAAAUAGUUAUGUAGCAUACGUGCUUAAUGUCAACCACGCUUUCGAUCAUCUUUUUAAUGAAUUUAAAGAACUUACUGAAGUAGUUGGAAAAUACAUUUGUGAACUGGUUUCUGAGACUGUUGUUCAGUCUGAUACUCAGUUUGAGACUAAACCUACAAGCCAAGAAGAAGCUACUUAUCCUGUUUACGAUAGUGUUGGUAGCAUUGUAUGUCAAUUUGAACUUACGAAUACAGAUGGUGAUAACAGCACCUCUACUAUAGCACUGACUACAGCAGAUACUUUCUCUAUUCCCACAAACUUCUUCAAAGAAGAAGUAGAUGAUUCCACUAUUCCAACAGACCCAGUUCCUUGGAAAGUAGACGUCCUUCCAACGAAGACCAUGCAAAAACAAACACAAAGUCAGUUUGGGCAAGAAAGCGAUGUACAAUCCACUUCUAAUCCUAUUUCUAAUCCUAUUUCUACUAAGGAAAACACAGAGACUACACCCGAAAUGAAAUCUACAACAGUCAAAAAUAAUAUCCUUUCAUGGAUGCCGAGGGCUAAACUACACUGGAGGCAACAAACCCAGGCUUCUACUCAUGCUCUGCAGAACUACAAAGAAGAGUUCAAGAAGCUUGAAGCUCUCAUUAAAGAGCAGCACGAGCUUCUCUAUGACGAGAAGCUAGACACUGCAACACGAAAAUUGAUUCAGAAGAAGAUCCUUGAAUAUGUUGAAAGGAAGGAGGAACUCCAGCAGAAACUCAAUUCUCCCUGA